AUGAACGCUUUUACAGUCGUCGCAGUAUUUUUAACGCUUGUCGUUGCUGUUUUUGGUUUUGAAUCUAGCGGAUGGUACAAAGAUCCAGCUCAUCCUGGUAAAUGUGUUUAUAAGGAAUUAAUAUUGUCCCCCGGUGAAGAGGGUCAACCCAAAGGAGAAUGUGUACGUUUUCUGUGUGGUGACUCUUCGGGAUUUGCUACACUACAGGGUUGUGGUGUAGAAGAUGUUCAACCCCCAUGUAAACUUGGAGAUUACAUUGAUCCCAAGGGUCCAUAUGCAAAGUGCUGCGAGAGACAUAUUAUAUGCCCUAAGAGUUAA